GCGCAUCACUACUCUCUGUCUAAUCUUUGCAUUGCAUUGUUUUGUUUGGUUUUGUUUUCUACUUUUAAAAUAUCAUUCUUUAUAUACGUUAAUAGAAAUUAAUAAUUAAAUAUGACGGGCCACGUUUCAAUUAGAUUAGCGUCCGAAAGAGUUAAUCAUUGCGUUGCUACGAUGAAUGAACCUCCUAGAUUUUAUACUCCUGGUGAGGUUAUAACUGGUAUGCAGGAUUUCAUGCGUGGCCAUGGGACAUACACUGAAGAUGAUUGUCUCAAGGCUUCUGUUGCUGGAGUUAUGGAAAAAGUAAACAAAUUAAUUUGUAUCCGCCCAUUAAAGAGUCGUUAUGUGGGUGAAAUAGGUGAUGUAGUUGUAGGUCGUGUGUUAGAAGUGCAGCAAAGACGAUGGAAGGUUGAAACCAAUUCUCGGCUAGAUUCAGUUCUACAAUUAUCAUCUGUUAAUCUCCCAGGAGGCGAAUUACGUCGUAGAUCAGCAGAAGAUGAACAAAUGAUGAGGAAACAUCUUCAAGAAGGUGAUCUUAUUAGUGCAGAAGUGCAAAGUGUGUUUUCUGAUGGUUCCUUGUCCUUGCACACUAGAAGUCUUAAAUAUGGCAAGCUAACACAAGGCACAUUAGUAAAAGUUUAUCCAUCAUUAAUUAAAAGAAGAAAAAAUCAUUUUCACAAUCUACCAUGUGGGGUGGCAAUUAUCAUAGGCAAUAAUGGCUACAUUUGGAUAAGUCCACAAAAUCAUGAAGGGGUGAUGGAAGAACAAAAGGAUGAUGAUACAGUUGACCAACAGUCUGUGAGCAGGUCUGACAGGGAAACUAUGGCAAGAGUGAAAAAUUGCAUUGCUGCAUUGGUAGCCUCCAAAAUGAUGCUGGACGAUACUAGUAUAAUGUUUGCAUAUGAAGAAAGCUUAAAAUAUGAUUCAGUGAAGGACCUUCUAGACCCUGAAACUAUGCUGGAUAUUUCAUUUUUAACACAACACAGAAUAAACAAUAUCAUGGAAGAAUAAAAUUAAUUAACAUAAAAAUUUUGUGAAAAAUAUUUUAUUAAUUAAUAUUAUCACAUUAUUAUAAAUUAAGUGAGAAGUACAGAAUCAUUAUAAAAAGUAUGAACCAUAAAAAUCACAAUUUUGAUUUUAUACACAUAAAUAUAGUAUAAAGUACAAAGUAGUAUAUCAAAUAUAAAAUUUUUAAAAUCAGUUACAAUAAUAGAACAUUGUUAUUAUAUCUAAAAAUCUAAUUAUAUUACUUUAUUUAA